AUGACCUUCGAUAUAACCAUGAACGCUCUUAAUAACGUAUGGAUCACUGUACUAUUGGGUACAGCUAUAACAGUUGUGUUCAUCUUUGGUUUCGCCUACUUCUAUCAAAAGAAGACAAACGAUAAGAAAAAUGAAGAAGGUGAUGAUAAGAAGAAUACAAAGGAAUGCAAUGAAAAUGACUUGAUGACAAUGGAUAAUGAAAUGAUGGAAAUGACGAUGGAGGAAUGUGCGAAUGAAGAUGAAUGUGAGGAAAAGGAGGAGGCUAAAGAAGAAGAUGUCAUUCAACAACAAUUGCAAGCUAUCUAUAGCUUACUUCAGGAAACUCAGGAAAAGAUAAGUAAAGAAGAAAUGAUAGAUCAAUUGAAGCUCUACAAAUGA